AUGUGCGCCAUCGGUGGGAAGAUGCUGGCCUCCGCCUCGCUGACGCUGGUGUGGAUCUUCGCGGCCGAAGUGUUCCCGACAUUGUACCGGACGGUCGGAAUCAGCGCCUGCCUGGUUGGCACCCGCGUCGGCUCUUCUGUGGCCCCGUUUCUGCUGGAACUGAGAACCUACCUGUCUGACUCGAUCCCCAUGAUCACUCUGGCAGCCGCUGCCGUGUUCGCCUCCUCGCUGAUGCUCUUGUUGCCGGAGACACUACGGGUUACGCUACCGGACACGAUACGCGAGUCCAAGCAGCUGGGGAAUUCGAGGAAAGCAGGCAAAGAUGUCUCCUCUAAAGAUACUGCGAUCGACUCGAAACUUCAACUUGCGGGGUGUCAACCAACCGCGCUGGACAAUGACAUCAACCACUGA